GUCGGUUUUUUUUUCUUAAAAAUUAUGUGUAGUUAUAACGGUCCAAGUCCUAGUAGGUACCUAAGGACCGACCUUACGAACAAGUGAACGAUAGCGCCAACCAACACGGACACCUUUUAACCAUGCGCCUAUUUACGGCCAAUACUCCAUCCCAAGGUUUCUGCCAAUCUAUGAUGUCGUACUAAUGAGUGACGCGCAGCGAUAACAGCACGCCUAUUCCCAAGGCCUACCAAGCACGUCGCCUUGCUUACACAAACCAGCAUAAUUGUAACCUCGAAAUCUAAAUAAAUAUGCUAAACCAAAGAUUGCUCUACACUGGUUCGUCUUAUUGGUUACACUGAGUAUGUUUAAUUAUAACCCAGCUCCACAUAUCGCUUGACUCAGCAAAUCUCUGAUAACUUAUCACACUUACCCACUGACAAAAUGCCAUAUUGUUUUACAUACGAAGCGUCAACGCAACUAUCGUUCACGGUUUUUUUAACAAUAAUGGUCAAAUAAUGUGAGUGUUAUACGCAAAAUAAUAAUGAAUAAUACAUGGGCGACGGUGAUAUUUUGUUUAAGUUUGAUAGUGUUAGUGUCUGCUGACUUUAGUGACAAAGAACAAUGCACGAUCUCACACUGCAUAGGCAAAGAAUACCUGUGCAUAGGCGAUAGAUGCUACUGCGCGGUUGGCUAUAUAACCAACCCAACACAAACUGCCUGCGUCAAAUGUCCAGGAUACAUGGAAAAAUGUUACGGGCCAUGCUGUAACCCACACGGCAAUGGUAGCCUUCAGUGCUUUCAGGGGGUCUGUCAGCGUUGCUAUGAUCCUCUCGACAAUUGGAUUUGCAGAGACCCCCUGGAUCAAAUACUAUUGAUAUCCAUAACCCAGGUGGUUAUGGCUACAGCGCUGGUGCUGGGCAUCAUCGCAACAUUCGUGCUUCUGUACAAACUGUGUGCUGCGACCAACUUGAGGCCAUCCAGCAGUAGAAGUCGAUUAUCCGUAGGAAGCCUUCAAGUAUAUGUCGAGGAAAGACUAAGAGAUGCGCCGCCUAGGUACUCGCGAACAGCGCCAGCUGGGUCAUCAGUGUAUCCAGCAGUUGCAUUUUUGAACGCAGGAUUCAUACACGACAGCAGUGUCCCUCCGCCGCCUUACAGCCCUGAGAGAAAAGAGGAAGAAACACUACCUCCAAGCCCUCAAAUCCAUAUAUAAUAUAAGGAAGUUAUGUAUAAUUUAAUAAAAAUAAAAAAUCACUUUAAAAUUUGA